UGUAAACGCAGCCGAACGCGGACACUGUUACCGGAGCACAUCCGUGUUUUUGGACGGCUUCUCUGGCUCCGGUGCGCGGCUUCCCGCUGCCAUGGCGUCCGGGACGGAGGGAAGGUGACGUGGACUGUGUGAAGGCGCUCUUCUCAGGGAUGCUGUGGAAUGAACCCGCCGUGGGAGGAAGGCUCAGCGUCACGCGCCGUGGGGGGGUGACGGACCAUGGAGUUCCUUCCUGCAGAUGAGGGGGGCGCACGGCCCGACCCUCCGCACGCCCUUGACCGGGUUCCCGGCGCGGUGCACGGCCGUAAGUCCUGCGGCUCAACAGGAGGGGGGCUCCCGGGGGACGGAGGCUGUAACCCGGCCCGGAGCUGCCAUGGCCGCGGGCAUCCGGCACCGAGGACGGGGACGCGCAAAGGAGGCGCCGCGGAGGUUAAAGGCGCGCAUCUCAGCGACGACAAAGUCCGAAUUUGCUGCGACGAAGAACUGGAAACAUCUUUUACCUACAUAGAUGAGAAUGUCAACUUGCGUGUGAGCAGUCCGGAGACCAGUUGUAAAAGUGCGCAAAGGACUGUGCGCAACGGAGAGCCGUGUUCAGAGACGUUACCGGAGCUGUCCUUCAUGUCGGAGGACGACCUGUCCUUCGGGGAGGGUCCGGGGACCUCCAUAGACUACGGCUUCAUAAGUGCGGUCACGUUCCUGGUGACCGGGAUCUCCUUGGUCAUCAUCUCCUACGCCGUGCCCCGGGACGUGGUCGUGGACCGUGACAGCGUGUCCGCGCGCGAGAUGGAGAGGCUGGAGAUGGAGAGCGCGCGGAUCGGCGCUCACCUGGACCGGUGCGUCAUAGCGGGUCUGUGCCUGCUGACCCUGGGGGGGGUGGUCCUGUCCACGCUGCUCAUGAUCUCCAUGUGGAAGGGGGAGAUGUACCGGAGGAAGGUCAUCGCUUAUUCCAAACGCUCCGCCAAACUGUACGGAUCCAUCAGCCUGAAGACCCGCUCCAGCCCCAGCCCCAGCCCCUCCUCUGCGCACCUGUCCGCGGAUGAGGAGGAACUGGAGGAAACCCUGACUUAAAACACACGCAAAACACACUUCAAUCAAGGAAUAAACGCCAUUAUUAUUAGAAAACACUGGAGGUCAGGGGUGGCAAACAUGCGGCCCGCGGGCCAAAACCGGUCCACCAAGCGGUCCAAUCCGGUCCUUGGAUGAAUUUAUGAAAAAC